GCCCGGGUGUCACGAGUCUCACCGUCCCAUCCCUUUCUUCCCAUCCACUGCACUUUUCAAUACUUUUCAGUGAUAGCAGACAAAAAUUGUUGGGAAAAGAUAGUUGCAGGUUUUAAGAUCUCAUUGCAAUCUGGUCAAGAUGAUGUAAAGACUGCAUUCCAGGAGAUAAGUAAAGAAAGCAGAAAAUCUGAGGCAAUAAAUAGGAUUUGGAGGGCGUUCAAGGAAGAGCUGUCCAUCCCAUCUCGGCAGUUUCUUGUCUCUUCAGCGUGUUUCUUCAGCAGUCUCAACUCUCAACUCAAUUGCCAAGACUAAUAAUAAUACCAUCGUUUCAAUUAUAAUUACUUGUGCGGUCGGAAGAUCUGACCAUUAUAAAAGAAAAUCUCUCGAUAUCGCCAUGUUGGUGACCACUCCUAUGAUGCCGUCGACCAGGGAAUAUCGCCAAGCGGAAGAUUUAUACUUUCGGAGUCAUUGUCGCCGAGACGUUCGAAUUCUUCUCGUCGGAGAACCUGGUGUUGGGAAGACAUCCGUCAUUUUAUCUCUCGUGUCUGAAGAAUUUGCCGAUAGUGUUCCUCCACGAUCGGAAGAAAUCACAAUACCUGCGGAUGUUACUCCUGAACUGGUUCCAACCAACAUUGUUGACUACUCUACACAAGAACAAGGAGAGACUGAAUUAGGAGAAGAACUUUUGAGAGCACAUGUAAUCUGUGUGGUAUACGACGUGAAUAAUGAAGAGACCAUAGAUAGGAUAAGUACGUACUGGCUUCCAAUUAUAAGAUCAACGCUAGGUGAAGAUCACAAAGUCCCAGUUAUUCUGGUGGGAAAUAAGAUUGACCUCGUUGACUACACCACGAUGGAAAUGGUGGUUCCUCUAAUGAAUGAAUUUGCUGAAAUUGAAACAUGCAUUGAGUGUUCCGCAAAGACUUUAAGGAAUAUUUCUGAACUGUUUUACUAUGCACAAAAGGCCGUUCUUCAUCCAACCUCUCCUCUUUACAACUCUGACAAGAAAGAGCUGACUGACAAGUGCAAGAAGGCACUUGAAAGAAUUUUUCGCAUUUGUGAUGUCAAUAAUGAUGGAUUAAUGGAUGACUUAGAAAUGUAUGCUUUCCAGAAGUUUUGUUACGAUGCACCUCUCCAGCCCCAAGCGUUAGAUUCUGUGAAGGCCAUAAUCCAGAGAAAUUGUGAAGAUGGAGUAUUCGUGAACGGCAUUACGCUUUCAGGUUUCAUUGUAUUACAUAGGCUUUUCAUUCAGCGUGGUAAACACGAGACGACGUGGACAGCCCUAAGAAAAUAUGGUUACAAUGAUGAGCUGAAUGUCUGUAACGACUAUUUGUGCCCUGUACUUAGCAUUCCUCUCGGCACAACAACUGAACUAAACCAAAUCGGCUUUGAUUUUUUCACUUCCAUGUUUGUAAAACAUGACAAAGAUAGAGACAGAGCGCUCUGUCCGGAGGAAUUAAUGAGUCUAUUUGCAACGUGCCCAAAUAUUCCAUGGGGAAAGCAACUUUUCCAGGCAGUUCAAACCACGGAGAAAGGGUGGCUAACUUACUCUGGAUUUAUUUGUCAAUGGGUUCUCACCACGCUGUUGGAUGUAAAUAAAACUAUGGAAUACAUGGCUUAUCUAGGAUAUCCAAUCACGGAGGAAAGGAAUCAAACCGAGGCAAUUAGUGUUACACGUGAAAAGCGAUUAGACUUGGCAAAGAAGCAAUCGACUAGAAAUGUCUAUCGGUGUCACGUAAUUGGCGCAAAAAAUAGUGGAAAGACAACCCUUUGCCAAGGUUUGAUUGGAAGAACUCUAGAACAGACGAAACGGUUUGCAAACGAUGGCCAAGAGUUACCUAACUUUGUCGUCAACAUGGUACAAGUUUACGGACAAGAAAAAUAUCUGUGUAUGCAAGAUAUAGAUUUGAACCGUGUUGUGGACUUUCUUCCAACUAAUGAAGUUUUAUGCGACGUUGCAUGCCUCGUAUUUGAUUCCUCUGAUCCUAAAUCGUUCGAGUUUGUUGCUAGAACCUAUUUGAACUACUAUGCGACACAAAAAAUUCCAGUGUUGAUUGUGGGAAACAAAUCAGAUUGUGGGGACGUUAUGCAGGAUUACAUUCUUCAGCCGACUGCUUUUUGUGCCAAGUACAAACUCCCUCCCCCUCACAGCUUCUCUUGCUUGGAGAAAGUUAAUAAGGAGAUUUACGUUAAAUUGGCCACAAUGGCUGCUUUUCCUCGCUUCCAAGCUGCGUGGAUGAUAUUUUAUAAAAACAGUCAUCUAAGAAGACUGGGAGUGAUACCGGACGGGAGUGUUCCAUGGGUGAAGACCGGCGUAGGAGUAGCAUUGGUCACUACAAUGGCCUAUUUAGUCUAUAAAAUGUUAAACCCACAGAAUAAUCCGCUAAGAGGUCGCACGACAAAUUAGUCUCAAAGAAGUGGAAUGAAAGAAUCCUGACCGACUAGAAUCUAUCAGCAGCACCGUAAAUAAUAAUAACAUUUAGUCCUCUUUUGGAUUUAAUGAUUGUGAAACUGCAUAAUAGAACAAUUACUAUAAUAUGACACACUGUGCACUGGACAUAUGUAGUACUGAAACAUCAUCUCGUUGCGAAUUACAAAAUUAUUAUGUAUGCAAUUUAUUUUGUAGUAUCUUUGAUAGAUGAAAUAUGAUCUAGUAUUCCUCGUAUGCAGUACACAACUAAUAAUAUUGUGUUUCAUACACCAGUUUAAUGCUUAUUUAUAUAAAAUGUCAAUUAUUUAAAUAGUACAUAUAUCUUAAGUUAUUGGUGUGAGUCAAAUUCAUAUAGAUCAGGGUUUCAAAAUUUUGUUUGCAUAGUACUGCAUACGUAUUUUAAUUUGUAAAUUGUAUUAUAGCCAUCAUCAUAAUUGUGAAACAGCAAACAGCUCAUUUUAUGUAUGUAAUCUAGUUCAGCCGCUAUUUAACAAUUAUGACUUGCAACAAACAAACAGAUCUUGAAUGAGAAAGGAAGACAAUUGAUGAUAUCUUUAAUUUAGAAGACAGCUAAAGUUAGGGAAUGUGUCGCGAUGCAUACAGAUAUUUAUGUGAUUUAUUAUUCUAGCAAUCUGAAUUGUUGGGGGUACACGUAUUAUAGUAUCAUGAUUUAAAGUCAUGAUGAAAUUGUGUAGUAUUAAAAGCUAUGUGUUCGACGCAAGUAUUUUUGAAUAAUAAUAAAACAAGACACAUAGAAUUGU